AUGUGUUCAAACGGUUCAGAGUCGGAACAAUUUAUAUGCUAUUGGGAGGAUAAAUAUAACGAACAAUGUAAAUUAACAAAUGAAAUCAUUACUCAGAACAACUCGCUAAAAUUGAAUGAAAAUAUACUUAUAGCCAAAUUAAAGAAAACGAAAGAACUUCAAAAAUGUACCUUUGAUGAAUUGAGCAGCUAUAAAGAAGAAAUAAAGAAAAAAAAUGACUUAGUUAAGAAAUUAAAUACAAACUUGAAAUCUAUUGAAGAGGAAAAUUGUAAUUUACGCACGAAAAUUAAUAUGAAUAGUCGAUUUGAGGUGAACUGUAAAUGUACAACUGAACAUCUAAAUUCGAUGAAACGACCCGAAACAAAUUCGGAAUUUGAACAGGAAAAACUUUCUGCUAAAUUUAAUACCGUAUGUGAGAAAUUAUAUGAAACAAAGAUUGCGUUCAGUGAUGUAAGAAAUACAAUAAAUUGCGAUAUAUUUAAUAUUGAAAAUAGAGUAGAUACAAUGCAAAAACUGUUAGAAGUAGAGAAUAGUAAAAAAAGGUUGUUAAUUCAGAAUCAACAAUUAAAAGAUAAAAAUUCCUUAGCAAAUGAAGAGUUAAUUGUUAAAAACAAGAAAAUAAAAAAACUCCAACGAGAAAAUGAUUAUUAUAUUUGUAAGAUCAAUAAACAGAAUAAACAUUUAUGA